UGUUAUACUGUGAUGUCAACUGAGAGAGGUUCUGGUUCUGUGUUAGAAGAUUGCGAAAGUCAGAACAAAGUCUGUUGAAAGUUCGGGUUGAUCCUCACAUCUACACUUCAGCCAGAUGGGGGCGGUGGUGUGCUAUCAGGCCCUAUCAGCAGCAGACAAAGAAGGGUUCCGGUCCAUGUGGGAGAGGUUGAGCAACAUGGCGCCUCCAGGAGGGAAAAUAAACAGACCGAAAACGGAGCUAGGAAAGAAACUCUUCAAACGGCGUCGAGUUCUGGCCCGACAGAAGAAGAAGCAGCAUCAGAUCAUUGGAGCUGUGGUCGACCAGGAUCUCAUCACCGUCCAUCACCUGAAGAAGAGACGGUCCAGUCCCAGAGCCAACAUUACGCUUUCAGGGAAGAAGAGACGGAAGUUGCUCAAACAGCUGCAGCACCUGCAGAAGGAGAAGUCCACCAUGGAAGCAGCAGCACCACAGAAGAAGCAGGGCUCCCCUUCAUCAUCAUCAUUCUCAACUGCUCCUCAGAAGAAGAAGAAGAAGGCGGAGUCUGGAUGCCAAGGUGAUGUGGAGAUGGAGGAUGUGGAGUGAGGCGAGGUCCGAUCUCAGACAAUGUUCUGUCAGGAAGUUUCUGCAGGGACCAAGUUGCAAAGAGGAAAAUAUGGAAGUCUGUUUAUGUGAAAAUAAGAACCACCUGGUGUGGAUCAGAACCAAUGAGUAGAACCAGAGAACCAGUCUCUGAGAUUCAUCUGUUUCACUUUAUUUGAGCUGCUGAGGGAAGCUGCUGUUUCUGAAGGUAGAACCGGUUCUGUACAGAAACUGAUGGACAUUUUACUGUUUCUUUGUUUUAAUAAACGAGUUCAAAUGUU